AUGUCGCCAAUACCUGAUUUGUUAGAACAAUAUAUCAUUAAAACCAAGGAAAAAAUUAAUAAAAGUAAUCAUAAAGUUUAUUAUAAGGCGUAUAUUAAUAUAUUGGGUGAGAAUGAGAGGAAGCAAAAAUUUUUUCCAAAUAAAACGGAUAAGAUAGUUACACAUCUUAAAAAAUGUGUACAUUUUAUACAACAAACAACACCCGAGGAAAGAAAAAAAGUUUUUGAUUUAUCUAAUAAUGAACAAAUUAAGCAACCAAAUAAGAAUAAAAAAAAGUCUAUUUUAAGCUAUAUGAAAUGA